AUGAACGAAUACCUUGACGACAAGAGCUCGAGUGAUGCCGUCCAUGAAUUGGACAAACACGUUAAGUCCACCAUUCACGACCCAGAGUCACCUAUCCCACUAGCAGAUGAAGUUACUGGGGAGUUUGAAGAGAUGAUCGCCUUGGCCGGGACCGUUGGAACCGGCCUCUUCCUCAGUUCUGGUCGAGCCAUUGCUCACUCUGGACCUCUAGGUGCAUUUCUUGGAUACCUGGUCAUGCGCUGCGUGGCCGGCACCGUUACCCUCGCGGUGGGUGAGAUGGGUGCCCUUAUUCCUCUCAACGGGGGGAUGGUUCGCUAUGCCGAAUACUUUGUCGAUCCAGCAUUGGCUUUUGCCAAUGGCUACAACGUGGUCUAUUCUUAUCUCGUAUCCAUCCCUGCCGAGCUUGUGGCCGCUGCUGUGUUGGUGCAGUUUUGGUCUGAUCUCAACAGUGCAAUUUGGAUUACUAUCUUCGGACUGGUCAUGCUGUGCACCACUUUGGUCUUUGUCAGGGUGUAUGGGGAACUUGAGUUCUUCUUUUCCAUGAUGAAAAUUUUGCUGAUCAUUGGAGUCAAUAUAAUGGCUCUUGUCAUAACCUGUGGCGGUGGGCCUGACUAUAAGUCCAUUGGGUUUCAAUAUUGGCGUAAUCCUGGGCCUUUUGUUCAAUACCUUGGGAUCGGUGGCGCCAUUGGUCGUUUUCUCGGUGUUUGGACCUCCCUGAACAGUGCCCUCUAUGCAUACUCAGGCAUUGAAACAAUUACAGUGGCCGCCGCGGAGACAAAAUCGCCGAGACAGGCCAUUCCAAUGGCGGCCAAGAGGAUCUUUUUCCGUAUCCUGAUUUUCUAUAUCAUCUCAAUCUUCAUGGUCGGCCUCGUGGUUCCAUCCAAUGAUUCAAGGCUCAGCAACUCUAGUGGCACGGCUUCUGAGUCCCCCUUCGUUAUUGCAGCUACUCUCGCAGGAAUCAAGGUAGUCGCGUCAAUCAUCAACGCCGUCAUUAUAACUUCGGCUUGGUCUUCGGGCAACUCCAACAUCCUCGGAGGAUCAAGAGUGCUAGUCGGCCUGGCCAUGAACGGUCAAGCUCCCAAGUUCUUUACUCGACUCAACAGAUUUACAGUGCCCUGGGUCGCGAUUUCAUUCUACGGCCUGUUCAUGUGUCUAGGAUACAUGUCACUGUCUGCGACUGCGAGCACCGUGUUUGAGUGGCUGCAAGACCUUGUCUCCAUCACCACCCUCACCAACUGGCUCAGCAUCUUGGUCACCUGGGCCUCCCUGAUCAUGCUCACCCUCCUUCUUAUUACGGGCGGCUACUCAACUUUUAUUAAAGGGCACUGGGACAAGGAAACCUUCAUCUCCUCUUAUAUCAACAUUCCUCUUUUCCUGAUCCUCUACUUUGGUUACAAGUUCAUUCGCAAAACAAAGAUAAUCCCCUUGGAAGACAUUCCUAUUCAACCCUUCAUCGAUAUUGCCAAUCGCAAUCCCGAGCCGCAACCGAAGCUAAAGAAAGGCCUUCACAAGCUGAACAUCCUGUGGAAUUGA